CCGGCUAACGCCAUUUUCACUCUUCGCGCAGUCUGUCAGCGGACAGGCGAGCUGUCAUUUACAGGACUCAACAACUUUUUCGUCAACCUAAUGACGCUGCUGUCCGGGUAGUUCAUAGGAACAGUUGCGGCCAUGGAGGUAGCGGAGAAGAGGCCUCUCCGGAAUGGCUCCGACUGAAGCCAGUGAUUUGACAGAUAGCUGCUAGGUGGCUAGCAUGUUGCUAGCUGGACAAUAUUAUCAGCGGUUGAUGCAGUGAAGUCCAGCGUCAGUCACCAAAGAUCCUCCAGCCGGUGCAGACAGCGUGAACACUCUGUUUCUAACGCAGUUUAUUUUUCACACUCAGCAGCAGAAGUCGUUGACGGAAUAAACAACAACCCCAUCUCCAAGAAAGGGGAGGAACAUUACAGUCGAGCUACAUUGGCAACGAAUGUCCCAGAGAACGGAUGCGUGAGGACAUGUCCACCAUGGUUUGCGUGAAGGAGGAGGAGGACCCAGGGGAGAAACUGUCCCAGGACGAGAUCAUCUCCCGGACAAAGCAGGUGAUCCAGGGGCUGGAGGCCCUGAAGCAGGAACACCACUCAAUCUUGGAGGGCCUGCUGGGCACACUGCGCUGCCUAAAGCAGGAUGAGGAGGGCGUCCUAGUGGAGGAGAAGUCGCACAUGAUUCGCAAGUCCCUGGAGAUGCUGGAACUGGGACUGAGUGAGGCUCAGGUGAUGAUGGCCCUGUCGAACCACCUGAGCUCAGUUGAGUCAGAGAAGCAAAAGCUUCGGGCUCAGGUACGCCGGCUUUGCCAGGAGAACCAGUGGCUGAGGGACGAGUUAGCUGGGACGCAGCAGAAACUACAGAAGAGUGAGCAGAGCGUGGCUCAGCUGGAAGAGGAGAAGAAACACUUGGAGUUCAUGAACCAGCUUAAGAAGUAUGAUGAGGACCUGUCCCCCUCGGAAGAGAAGGAUUCUGACUCUAGCAAAGAAACUCUGGAUGAUCUCUUCCCAGAUGACCAGGAUGACCAAGCUCCAGGCAUCCAACCUGCGCAUGGUAGCGCUGCAGCCGCGGCGGCCCAGCAGGGUGGCUAUGAGAUCCCAGCUCGUCUGAGGACCCUCCACAACUUGGUGAUCCAGUACGCCUCCCAGGGCAGGUACGAGGUGGCUGUGCCCCUCUGCAAACAGGCCCUGGAAGAUCUGGAGAAGACCUCCGGCCACGACCAUCCAGAUGUAGCCACCAUGCUUAAUAUUCUAGCACUUGUUUACAGGGAUCAGAACAAAUACAAGGAGGCUGCUAACCUGUUGAAUGAUGCUCUGGCCAUCAGAGAAAAGACUCUUGGCAGGGACCACCCAGCUGUUGCUGCCACCCUCAAUAACUUGGCUGUCCUCUAUGGGAAGAGGGGGAAGUACAAGGAAGCGGAGCCUCUGUGCAAGAGAGCGCUGGAGAUCAGAGAAAAGGUUUUGGGAAAGGACCACCCAGAUGUAGCCAAGCAGCUGAACAACCUUGCCCUGCUGUGUCAGAACCAGGGCAAGUAUGAGGAGGUGGAGUACUACUACAUGAGAGCACUGGAAAUCUACCAGACCAAACUGGGCCCCGAUGACCCCAACGUGGCUAAAACUAAGAACAACCUGGCAUCCUGUUACCUAAAGCAGGGCAAGUUCAAGCAAGCUGAGACUUUGUAUAAAGAAAUCCUCACCAGAGCGCACGAGAGGGAGUUCGGCUCUGUCGACGAUGAGAACAAACCAAUCUGGAUGCAUGCUGAGGAGAGAGAGGAGCAAAGCAAGGGGAAGCAGAAGGACAGCUCACCAUUUGGAGAAUAUGGAGGCUGGUACAAAGCCUGUAAGGUCGACAGCCCCACAGUGACCACCACCCUGAAGAAUCUGGGGGCCCUCUAUAGGCGGCAGGGCAAGUUUGAGGCAGCAGAGACUCUGGAGGAAGCUGCCAUUCGCUCCAGAAAGCAGGGUCUGGACAAUGUGCACAAGCAGCGCGUGGCCGAGGUGCUGAGCGAGCCGGAGGCCCGCGAGAAGCAGCGGAGCCGCGAGAGCCUGACGUCUGACACGGUGAAGUAUGAGAGUGGGCCGGACGGUGGCGAGGAAGUGAGUAUGAGCGUGGAGUGGAACGGGGACGGAUCUGGAUCUCUGAAGAGGAGCGGCUCCUUCAGCAAACUACGAGCGUCGAUCCGUCGCAGCAGCGAGAAACUCGUCCGCAAGCUGAAAGGCGGCGGCGGCUCGUCACGAGACAGUGAGCCCAAAAACCCAGGCAUGAAGCGAGCCAGCUCUCUGGGGGUUCUAAACGUGGCGGACAAGGCAGCGAGCGACCACUACCAAGAACGAAAUUAUCAUCUGAGGAAGAGUCGCGACCUGAGCGCCAGCAACACGGACCUGGCGCGUUGACGGCAGCGAACACGUGCGUCUGAAAGGUCACGGAGGACCGGACUGACCUCUCGGAUCGCCCUCGUUGUAAAUAUCCACUGAAAGCUUCAUCUUUCCACUUCAUGCUUCAGCAUCACACCAAGUGCUCAUCGCACUGGUUCUAAACUUUCAUGGCACUUGUUGAACUUCUGCGCUCUCUAAAGGAAGUAGGUCGUAUUUAACAGUGCAUAUGGAGGAGGAACGUGAAUGUACAUGGUCUGUUUCUGCAAAGAUGCAUUGUCUGUAAAUGUUUUGCUGAUCUGAGUGACCCACUUAGAUUAAUCUUUGUUUAUAUUUUUCGCUAUGCUAGCGCUUACUUGAAGGCAGAGUUAAGGUUCACAAAUGUUUCUGAUGUAGAGGCUGGUCCAGUUAAACCCAGGAGCUGAAGGAUGACUUCAGGUUUUCUUUUGUUUUAGUUUAGCUUGAUGUUGCACUGAGGGGAGCCAGGUUACAACCCGUCACUUUAAUUCCAAUCCAAGGCUCCGUUUAGUUUCAGAGAGACUUUAUUUAUUAGCAGCUUUGCUGAGCUAAAUGAUACCAGUUUCUCCGGCGGUGGAGAGGGAGUCAAGCAGUUCUGCAGCGCAGAGUAACGGCCAGUUAAUGACAUUUUACUCUUAGUAAUCAUUUUAUUAAGAAAAAUGUUCAGUUUUAAAAUCCAGCUCUAAAAAAGUUGCCUCUCGUUUUAGAUUGUGAAUAAAAGAUGGACAUAGUCACCUGAUGUCAUACACGGAGGCCAUUUAGAUGAGCCUUAGAGGGAAAGUCCCCUUUUUCCUUUCUCUCCUAUAAAGUGAUGUGUUCUGAAGAAGUUCUGAGUAUGGAAGUGUCAGACCUUCAAAAGACGGGAAUCGGAGCACUCAGGGAAUUACGCUUGUUACAUGCUCUGUAAGAACAGAGAACUUUGUUUUUGUUCUCGAGGUGGCAAGCACAAGAUAAAGGUUUGUUUGAAUUUUGGUCCGUGGCGGCGCGUGUGUGCCAUACACGUGCAUUUUCAUACGUUCUCACCAUCUCGAUCAGCUGUUCAUUAAAACUAUCUGUCCAGCCUUGUUGAAUCUUUUCCACCAGCAGACGCGGUAAUGACGACCUUCAGCUUCACCCGUUUCCAUAGUAACCACGCCCACUUAAAAUGUCCGACCAAUCACACAAUCUCAGACGCCGCACGAGAAAAAAAUUCUGAUUGGCUGAUGUGUCGAGAUUAAACCGCAAGAACUCCCAAACCAAGGCCACGGAAACAAAAUGACUACAAGUAAAUGUCCAUGCAACAAGUUAAGACUAAUGAAUUAUGUCAGUUAUUCUCGUUAUCACUUCAUUUUUUCCUCACUGAAGGAAGUCCAUCUUUGUAAAGUGGAUGAACUCCAACAGGAGUUGUUAGGCCUCAGGGAGACUUGCUGCUCUGCAGAUUCAUGCAUAUAAAAGAUGUUCUUAUUGUUCUUGUUUACCCUCAUAAUUGUUGUUUUAGGGUCAUUCUGACACUUAAAAAAGUAACAGCUCUGACAAAAAGAUCAACUACAGUUAAUGAGUCCUGUGAUAGACUGACUGCUGUUAUAUUGGCCUCAGGCCUUUAACUACCUGCUCCACUGUUUGGUAGAAGAAAUUUUUCCAUGACUAUAAAGAAUCUUAUUGAAAUUGUAAGUAAAUGUAGGUAAGUUAGUAAACCUACCUGAGCCAUCUCUAGCACUUGGUCUCAGUUUGUAUUUUUUAAAUAUUGUCAAUUUAGGGUCCAAAUAGACCCAAAAUAGAUUUUGGUAACCACAAAAUCCUAAAUUUGAGUUUUUAAAACAGAAGAGUGACGUCACACUGGCUAUGUCUACUUUUUAUGUACAGUCUAUCAUUUAAAGCUCUGCAUCCACAGAUGCUUGUUCCUCCGCCCAGCUAGGACCUCGUAUCUCUGAACCAGUUUCCCAGAGUUCAGACAAUCUACUGGUUGAAGAUAUUUAGCUAAUGGAAGCUUAAACUGGCCUGAAUGACCUCAGAUGUAGGUGCUGAUGGAUGCGGUUCUGGGUUUACAUUUGGAUUUAAUAUCUUUUUAAAUGCUGUUUUUCCGUCCUGGCUCUGCUCUGAAGCUUUUCAUGUCUCCUUUAUCAGUCUGCUGAACAUGAAGGUUGCAGUUUCACACAGUCUGCUAAGAUUAAAUCACUCCAGGUGAAUAAAUAAUACUCCAUGGAAUAAAUAAUGAAUAUUCAAAGGACAUUUAAAGGGUAAAUGAACAAACAGCACAUAUUUGCUCUUACCAAAGGAACAGUUAUUCUCCUGUUGCUUUUAACAGCAAUCAGGAUGUAGUUAAAUCAAAAUAUAUCACUUUAAAAUGUCGAUUUGACUUGAAUUUUAUCCUAAAAAUGUAUAUUUACUGAAGCUGGACGUUUUGAGUCACACUAAUAAAACCCAGUUCAUAGAUUUUACUGGUUUCCAGCUUUCUAGUGCUUUAAUUAGCUUUAUAUAAAGUGGUGAAGCUCAUUGUGCAUCCAUACAAAGUCAUUUUAAUAUAUUUAUGGUAUACUGGGGAAAUGCUUGAAAUGCUGAAACCUGCAUUUGGUUGAUAAAGUCUUAAUUAAGACAUCUUCAGUUUAAUUUCCAGCAGUGAGGGUCUUGCUUCGGGACUGAAUGUUGGUAGACCGAAGUGAAAAAAAUAAAGACAAAAAUAAAUAAAUAUAAGUUUACGGAGAAGUUAUUGUACCACGAGGGUCCAUCGUUUAAAGAGUGGAGGUUGAAAUUCAUUCCUUUGGAUGAAUCAAUUUUUUACAUAAAGUUUUAUUAUAAUGUCAAAUAAAUGAAGAAAUAAUUCUGUAAAUUACAUAUAGAAAUAAAAGGUUGUCCACAGCCAUAAAUUCUGUCCCAAAGGAGCAGAUUUUUCAAUUAAAUCAAGAAAUAUCUGAUCAAUAAUAAAAUAUAUUAACAUUUAAUAUACCUUAACUAAAGAAUAUCAAAUGUUUAACCUUUUAAAUGUUCUGUUAAACAGUUUUUAAUCUAACACCACCAUAAGUGCUUUUAAUGGAAUAUAAACCAUUAAAACAAGGUAAAUGAAAACAAAGGUUUAUUUAAAAUAAAUGCAUAAACACAAUUUUAAGAGUAAAAUGUGAUUUAGCAAGACUUGAAUGAAAUGUACCAAAUAUAAUAUUAGAGGAAGUUAAUAAAAGGGCACAAAUAAGAAUAUUAAGUAAAAAUGCAGUUUAAUCAUUCAUCUGUGGAAAUAAGUGGCUUAAAGGAAUUUUCACCAGAACAACAAACUGAUUUUAACGAACCAAAAGACAGAAUAAAAAAAUAAAAAAAGAACAUUCUUUAUAUUUUAUUGUUCUGAUUUGAGACUAAAGCUUGUGUUGCGUUGUGUUUUUUUACAUUACUAAAACUUUUAAAAUGAAAACUCUGAGCACAGAUUUCUCUGGAGGCGUUCCCAACAUAAUGCUAGAAUUAUGGUUCUUUUCCCUCCAUUUUCUUGUUUUUUUUCCUCAGAAAUAAAACCUAAGAAAAAAGGAAAUAAUUAUAAAGCCUGAACAGAUCCGACAGCCUCGGUUAUUUUUGGUGAAAUAAUCUGAAUAGAAAUGUUUUUAUGGUCCGACUGCUGAACGCUCUGCUUUUUAUACGGAGACUCCAGGAAGUGAUGAAGCACAGAGGUUUGUGUGGUAGCAGCGAUGAAAGUGGAAAAGGAAAAUUAAAAAUGUGUAUAAAUGAUUUAAUACCUGCAACGAUGGUGACAAAUAACCACUACUUGUAAAUUUAUAUUCAGAUUUAGACUAGAGUCACCAGGUUGUUCAUUCAGCCGUUUUCUUUUGUAAACAGGGGAAAACAAGUUUUUGUUAAAUAUAUUUUUAAAAAGUACAUAAAACACUUGAAUCAAAUGGCAUUUCUUCCAGUUCUAUCACAAAUAUUAACUCCUUUUUCAUUUGUUUUCUUUUGUUUUAUUCUUUCAGGCACAGUGAGAUUUUAAUUUUCUGUCCUGACACUUUAACGUCUUCCUCGGUUGACGUGUACGUUUCCCAUUCACAGCCUCACUUAGUUUUCAUUUGCUCCAAUUUUUAGUCAUAGCUGGUGGAAAAGAACUAACAUCUACUGCAAUGUCUGCAUAAAUUACCUUCUUUAAAGAAGCCUAAAACAGGUCUUUUACAACGGGGAUUUAUUUUAAAAAAUUCUGCUUUCAUUGCACAUUUUAUCUGAAAAUGUAAACUAUUACAAAACGUAAUGACAAAGUCGGGAUGUUCAGCUGCUGGAUAAAAAUGAGUUUAUGUUUUUUCUACAACAGAAACCAUCUGAAACGUCAUCCUAAGGGUUGCAGCGGGUGCUGUAAAAUGUUUGAUACUGAAUAAAUGUGAAGGGCAUUUUUAGAGCUGAACAUUUAUUUCAGUUUAAGCGACUCAAACAUUUUAUUAAAUCACAACUAUUUUAAAAAAAAUGAAGCUGCAGACAAAGCAGUGUUCGUGACACCUUGCUGCACAUUUCAGUCAAACUUAUACAGCUCCAGUUAUGUAUCUAUACAAAAUAUAUGUUUUAAGUUUCCCACGUUAACUCAGUAUUGAACAAAACUAACAAUGAACUUCCUUGGUGUUGUUACAGGCUGUAACAACUAAAACAAAAGUUUUAAAAUGAAAAAAUCUGACAUUGUUAUUUUAUUGACACAGUACAGCUGUUAAAAUGUACAGAUUCACAUUUGAUGUAACUAAAUCAAAGCUACGCUGAAGUCAAGUUGGUCCAAACUGUUGCCCUGUGUGUCCCUGCUGUUACAUUUUAAAGGACAAGCUGUCCAGCUCUGUCAUUUUUGCUCUUUUUUUUGUUAGUGUAACUUCUGCUCACUGCAUGUGGGUCAUGUUGAUGUGUAGUGGCAGUAUGGGUGGUUGGAUAUACAGGUAUAUUCUCAGGAUAAAUAUUAGUGAAGGACAUAACUGAAUGGUUGGACCUGAUUGGUGAUCAGAUUUCCACACUUAAAACCCACCAGCUCCAGAUCUAGAGAAAAAAAGGAGAGCAUAACCUCAAGCCUAAGUACUGAACAUAUUCCCAAAUUACUUUAAGUUUGAACAUUUUUUCAGUCAGCUUUGUUUUUGUACUUUUUGUUCAGUCCUGUGACACUAAUACAGACUCCAUUUUUUCCAAAGGCAUCAGUUACAUUAGGCUGUGUUUUUAAAUGUUUUUUUUCUAUUCUAAUCACAAAAAUGAUUGAAUACACGCUUGAUAAACUCUGGCCUCUUUGUUAAACACAACACACAACCAUCUUUAUGUCUUGUGUGUAUAGUAAACACAUGUUCCUGGUUUAGACUGGCAUUAUACUACUAGUUCAUGUAACUGCUGCUCAUGUUGUGGCUUUUCUCAUCUGCAUUGUGUGUAGAGGGUUAUGAGGUGUUACAGAGCACUGCUGCACAGAGGAGAAAAUGUUAACGACGAAGGAGUUGAUGCAAUUUAAAUAAAUCUCAUGUACAAACCUAUGUUGUUGUUUAACUCUUAACUGCACUGUAAUUGUGGAUAAAUUUGUUUUUGUCAAAGUGAUUUACUAUCAUAUCCUAUGUGAGUGGAAAUUGUUUGUCUUAAAUAAUCAUAACUUUAUUUGAAGAAUAAAAUCGGUAUUGAAUUAUG